UAUUCUGCGUUAAUAGUUUUCUCUAUGCUACCAGAUAUACAUGAUGUCAAUGUAAGUGAAAAGUAAUUUAAAGUAUCAAAAAAAAAAAAAAAACUGCUAAAAAUGGGUAAUCUUUUGAGCAUGCGCAAUGUUGACCUCUACUUCCCGUCUCCCUGGGUUACCAUCAACAACUCCGUUAGCUCAAGCAGCAAUGCUAAUUCGGCUUUGGUUAUAUAACCUUUUCAUGUAGCUGUAUGUUGUCUGUUACAACACACGGCACUCUACCUACCGUUAGGUUUACUUUGUCGUUAAAUGUUCAGUAUAGCACAACAAGAAGAAGCUAAGAGGCUAAUUAGCAUUAGCAAACGGGUAAUGGUAGCACGCUAAUGAGUGUGAGAACAUGAUGACAGAUCAGGAGGUGAGGACACUUGCGUAUGCGAAAAGUCCGAAAACAUCGAAAAGGACUACAUUCCAGGAUGAACUUCAGGCUGCUGUGUCUUCCAGGGCAAGCAAGACAAAAUCUCAGCAGCACUUUUAUUGUGAUGAUAUUAACGAAGAGGAAGAUGAUUUUUUGAACAAUCUCCUAAAAUCACGAAAAAAGAGGAUUGAUGCCUUCAAGGCCGGGAGGAGUAAAGCGACAUUUAACACCUUUGACCUUUCAGAUGAAGAAGACAAACAUAGCAAGCCAAAGAAGGUUUCAUUCCUAAAAGCCCAACGAAGCAGCUCUAUGUCAAAAGACACAUCAGCUUCUGAGCCUCAUGAGUCAUCUAAUGAUGGAAAUGUCAAUAAUGAUGGCUCUCUGUCCUCCCAGAGCUCCACAAAUGUCAAUGAUGAGAACUCACACAUUAAUCCAUCUGGUGAAGAACCUACCAAUUGUCUGAUCACAAAACAGACCUCCAGUCUGUCGUAUCAAACAUCAGAUGAUGCUCUUUCUUUCCCAUUACCAUCUGACGGCAGUGUGGUGGAGACUCCAGGUCCAGAAGAAAAAACAAGGAAUUCUGUGAUGGAAGAAACCUCCCAGACGCCACCAGUAUCUGCACCUCACCUUAACAACACUGUUGCAGCUGACAGUAUUCCAGAGAGGGAGCCACCUAGACCCAAACCUCGGCAAAGGACCCUUGGACUAAAGUCACAGGUUUCACAGAAGAAAGCGGAGGAGGAAAGUGCAUCUCGGGAUUUCAGCAGACCCCAAACGUCUUCUGUGUCCAUCCCCCUCUCAACUGAUGCAUCCAGCAACAUAGCAUGGACAGAUGGAGAUCAGACUGCUUCAUGCAGCCCUAACAAAUCAUGCUCAAACUGGAGCGAACAGUCACACCUCGUCACCACAUCUACGUUUGAUACUGGUUCCAGAGAUGGCUUUAUGUCUGAUGACAGCAAAGAGCAAGGGAGACACUAUUCUUCGUCAUUUGAAGAAUUCAACGGACACCCAGGAGAUCCCUCAGAUCAAAGCUCUCACACCCCUAAACAGUCCUUUGAUGUCGGGACACCCAGUUCUCACUCUAAGAUGACUCAGAGGUCUCAGAGUGCAUGCUCCAGGAAAGUGGAAUCAAAGUAUUUGGGGACCCUCAAAGUUCUGGACCGGAAACUAUCCUUACAGGAGUCUUCUCCACAAGCAGCAGAAUCUAUCAGAGCUGCAGUUUACCAGGAAUGGCUCAAAAAGAAAAAUGAAAAGUCAAGAGAGAACAUGCAGCUGAAGAAGAAAGAAGAGCUUAUAAAGGAAAAACAGAAAAAGGAAAGGAAGUCUAAAAAGGAAGAUGCCAUUGCCUCUUAUGAAGCCUGGAAAGAAAAGAAGGCAGAAAGCCUCAAAGCUAAAGCAAAAGAAAGACAAGAUAUGGUUAGAAAAGAGCAAAGAGAAUGUGAGGAGAAGGAGGAAAAAAGACAAUCUGCCAAACAGGUGUUUGAGAACUGGAAGCGUGAGCAUGAUCAGCUGCUGAAAGACAAAAACACAAAGCAGAAACUGGCUGAAAGUAAACAGAAGUUUCAGAAGCAGGAGAAAGAAGAGGAAAGGCAAAGAGACAGCAAGUCUGCCUUUUCUGACUGGUGUGACAAAAAGAAAGAUGUUCUUCAUGAGAAGUUCAAGAGGGAGCUCGAAGAAAUGAAAACGAAAGCAGAGGAAGAGCAAUACAUGAAGGAAGACAGAGAAAAGAUGGCUUUAGAGACCUAUGAGAACUGGCUGAUAAGAAAGGAUCGAGAGGAGAGGAGAAGAAAAGAUGAAAGGCGGAUACAAGCAAUACUUCGGGACAGUCCUCCUCCACCCUGGAGCCCUCCAAAUAAAACCGUCCCAUUUGGAAAGUAACGUUCUACAGUGCUAUUAUCUUUUAUAUUUAUUUUUUAAAUAAAAGUCUGUUUGGACAUAAA